AUGACAGGGCAAAACAAAAAUACAUGGACUACUGAAGAGGAUGCAAAGUUAAUUGAAACAUUGCUGGAGUUACAUGUAUCCGGAAAAUAUGGUGUUGCCGACAACAGAUUCAAACCCGGUUAUUUGAAGGCAGUGCAACAAUUACUAGAUGUAAGUCUUCCUAACUCGGGUUUAAAAGCAGAGCCUGAUAUUAAAUCUAGGAUGAAGACAUGGAAAAACCAUUUCAACAUCGUGCACGACAUGAGUCAUAAAGGUGUUGCAUGUUUUCGCGAUAAACCAUUUCCCCAAUUUGAUAACCUAUGUAAAAUCUUCGAGAAAGUUAGAGUUACUGGUCAUGGAGCUACUGAUCAUGGUGAAGAUGUGACUGAAGAGACACAAAGAAACUUACAUGUUGAUGUGGAGGGGUUGGAAGAGAUUGUUGAAGAGACGCAACAAACUGCUCAUGUCAAUAUAAACGCAAAAGGCCUCCAAUGGAUGACAUAUAAAGCUCUUAAAAGGAAGCACCGAAAGAAAUGAAAGAGACUUUCAAGGUGGUUGGUGAAAAACUUAAUGAAAAAAAUAUACAAUAUAGGAAGGCAAGAAAAUAAAAAAUCAUGUGAUAUGAUAUAUAAAGUUAUCGAAGAUACACAACGCAUGCCAAAUACCAAUGUCAAACAAGGAAUUAAGGCGAUUGACAUGCUUAGCAAAGAUCAAUUUCGUGCCCGGACGUUUUUUAAGAUGACAGAAGAAUAAAAGAUAUGUUACAUGGAAAUGAUUGGGGAUGACUCAAUAUCAUGAUUAAGUUAUUUUAAGUUAUGUUUUUUUAACGAAUAUUGAAAUUGAUUCUUUGCACAUUCUCUAUUAG